AUGGUAAAUAACCAUCUAUCCUACCUAUCCCAACCUCUCCCUCACCCCAUUCUCAUCCUCAUCAAGCUAACCAUCAUCCCACCCCAACAGCCUCCCAAGAAAUCCACCACCACACUUCCUCCACCCCUCGACCCCCCCGACUUAACCCUCCUCUUCAAACACACCACGCACACCAUCCUCCUCCUGGUCCCCCCCACCCAAACCUUCACUCAAAUCCUCACGCAACUCCUCACUAUCCUACGAGAACGCUAUCCCGACGGCCUAACCCCCAUGCCUUCCCUCCCCUCUACCACCACCACCACCUCCACCCUAACCAACCACCCCACCCUCUCAACCACCACCCUCAACUCCACCACCACCACACUCUUCGAUACGAAAAUCCCCCUCCCAACCGGUACUCAGGAUAUAGCGCUUGCGCUGCCAAUAGAUGCGUAUGAGCCGCGUAACGGCUGGACAGAGUUACAGGUGGGGUUGGGGGAUACGCCUGAGAGUUUGGGGUUGGUGGAGGGGGGGCGUGUGGCGUUUAGGUUUUUGAGUGAUGGUGGUGAGGAUGGGGAGGAGGAGGAAAGGGGUUUUGAGGUUAAGUGGCCGAGUUAUGAGGAGAUGUAUGGGGAUGAUGCGGAGGAGAGGACGUUAGGUGGGGAUGGGGAUGGGGAUGGGGAGGGGAGGGAGGGAAAGGAUGAGGAUGAGGAUGAGGAUGAGGAUGAAGGGGAGGGGAAGGAUCGGGGUGAGGGUGAGGAUGAGGAAGAAGAUCUAUUUUGA